AUGAGUUCAGAGUCUCAUCUCAGGCGCCUCACAUUGGUAUACAAUUGCACUGCCAACACCCUCAUCCUGCGAACUGUCAGCAAGAAAAUUGCACCAUGGCUUGCUGCUGGACCCGAGAUUGUGCCCCAACCCACUGCUAUCUGGCCCAUCCGCUCACUUCUUGUCAUAGCGUUACUGGUCAUCACAUGUACUUUGUACCUUGCACUCCGUUCUAGAACUGUAUACCUUGUCGACUACGCUUGCUUCCGGCAAAACUCCAACUUAAGAAUCACAAAGGCAACCUUCCUCGAGCAUGCACGUCUCUCUUCUUUGCUUGAUGAUUCUAUUGUCAAUUUUAUAGCUACUAUUCUUAAGCGCUCAGGCAUGAGCGAUGAGACAUGUGUCCCACCUGUACAUCACUAUAUAGAGCCAUGUUGUGGGCUUGAUGAAGCGUGCAGUGAAGCAGAGUUGGUCGUCUUCUCGGUAAUCGAUGACCUUCUGGCCAAGACUUGCAUCAAACGUGAUGCAAUCGGUGGUCUUAUCACCAACUGCAGCGCGUUCUGCCCCGUACCAUCCAUUGCCGACAUGAUUGUGAACAAAUACAAGUUACGGGGUGAUAUUCGUGUCAUGAACCUCUCUGGGAUGGCAUGCUCAGCUUCGAUGAUCGCAGUGGGGCUAGCGAGCAACAUGUUACAGGUCAUGCCUCGGGGGUCGCAUGUGUUGGUGGUGUCGACAGAGACCAUUGGGCCAUCCUACUAUUCGGGGAAUAAGCGUUCCAUGGUGUUGUCUAACAUCUUGUUACGCAUAGGAGGAGUGGCAAAGUUGUUGUCGACUUCUAGGUCAAAGGCUCGGUUUAGGCUUGUGCAUUUCACUCGGACGAUCACCGCGGCCAACAACUCUGCCUACCGAUGUGUGUAUCAAGAGGAAGACGAGAAGGGCAACCUAGGCAUCGCUCUCUCAAAAGAUCUUACUGUUGUUGCUGGACACGCAUUGAAGGCCAAUAUCAUGGCAACCGGGCCUUACGUGCUACCAACAUCAGAGCUUCUUAAGUUUUUGCUCUUCAACAUGGCAAGAAAGAUGCCCCAUGGGAGGAAUAUCAGGCCAUACAUUCCUAACUUUUGUGUUACAUUUGAGCAUUUCUGCAUCCACGCAGGUG